GUCAUAUACUUGAUGGCAAUGCGCGUUUUUCUUGAAGUAAGAACAUGCUUUUAUCAUAACAAAUGUUCAAAGAAUAUUUUUAAAUAAAUAUAACAGUAAAAGAGGUGUAUACUAAAAUUAAAUUAAAAAUUUGUUGCGAUUAAAAAGAUAAUCAAAUUAUGGCUGACACAAGUACAAAAGAUUCAUCUGUUACUAAAGUGCCUAUGAUUUAUGUUUGUGGCGAAUGUCACAAGGAAAACGAAAUAAAACCUCGAGAUCCAAUCAGAUGCAGGGAAUGUGGCUACAGGAUUAUGUAUAAGAAGAGAACAAAAAGAUUGGUCGUGUUCGAUGCUCGCUGACAAGGAAGAAAUAAUAAAUGUCUUUAAAGGUUUACAUUUAGUUUAAUCUUACCAAUAAAAAAUAUCCAUUCAUAUUAUAAUGCAUGUAUAAUCAAUAAAUGGGCAAAUAUUUGA